CCGUUGUCAACCCACUCUCGUCGCUGGUCGUCUCUUCGCAGUUCAGCAUGACCGACGAGGAAACGAGCAAUCUUCUUCAAUGAUGAUCUGCACCAGCUAACAGCAUCCGCAGCACCCCUGCUAGACUGCGACCCACCACCGGCUACCGCGCGCACCGCGUUGCUCUGCCGUCAGCUGCCCAGCGUGACUGGCUUACUGCCGAUUGCGUCCGUCCGCCGCACUUGCAAACUGGGAAAAAAUUCCGGUUGCCUUCUUUCCGAUUCACUACUCAUCUAGGUUGAAGUUGAAUCAAGCUACAGCUAAACUCUGGAAUGCAAAGUUCACCACAAAAUCUGCUUCUACUGCUGCAACAUUUCCUUAGCCAUGCUAAACAAGUGAAGCAGAUCCACUGCCACCUCACCACCGCAGCACACCUCCGCUGUACAACUGAAUGGGCCAAUACCCUCCUCUACAACACCCUGAUACGUGCAUACCUAGGGUUUGCACAACCCACCACCACUCUCAUCCUCUUCACCCACAUGCUUGCCCAUCAAGCCCCACCCAACAGUCACACCUUCCCUUCGCUCACAAAAGCCGUCUCUCUCCUCCGAACCAAUUGGACUCCUCUUCUCAGCAGACCGCUUCAUGCUCAAGCCCUCAAGCGUGGGGCAUCUUCUGACCCUUUUGUACAGACUUCAUUCCUUGGGAUGUACUCGUUGUUGGGUGACCUGGGAAGUGCAUGCAAAGUUUUUGAUGAAGUUCCGGAACCGUGUGUUGUGGCUUAUAAUGCUAUGCUUGACGCGUGUGGGAAGAAUGGGAAUAUGGGUCUGGCCGUUAUAACUUUUUCUACCAUGCAAGAAAGAGACAUUUGUUCUUGGACGAGCAUGAUCAACGGGUACGCGAUAAAUGACUGCUUUGAGGAGGCCAUGAAGUUUUUCAAGAAAAUGAUGUCCCAUGAUGAUGUAAUCGCUGGCUCAUUGAAACCCAAUGAGGCCACUUUCGUUAUCGUUUUAUCAUCAUGCGCCAACAUAGAUAACACCUCAACAUUGUAUCAAGGUAAGCAAGUUCACGGUUAUAUGGUGAAGAACGUGGAGUUGAGCAAAUUCAUGGCAACUGCGUUGAUAUCUUUCUAUGGGAGAUUGGGCUGUUUGAAUUAUGCAAAGAAAGUAUUUGAUUCACUAAAAGUCAAAGAAGUAUGCACAUGGAAUGCUAUGAUCUCGGCCUUUGCUAUGAACAGCAGAGAUGAACAAGCACUGGAUACAUAUGAGACAAUGAAGUCUAAGGGGACGAAACCAAAUGAGUUAACCUUAGUUGCGGUUCUUUCUGCUUGUGCACAUGCAAAACUUGUGGAAUUCGGUUUGGAAGUUUUUGAUGCAAUGUCCGGAGAACUUAAGGUUGAACCUAAGAUGGAACACUAUGGUUGCAUUGUGGAUCUCUUAGGAAGGGCUGGUCUUGUGAAAGAGGCGUAUGAGUUUGUAAAAAGGAUGCCUUUUGAAGCGGAUGCCUCUGUUUUGGGAGCUCUUUUAGGAGCCUGUAAGGUUCAUGGACAGGUUGAGAUGGGAAAUGAAGUGGGGAAACUGUUGCUGAACUUGCAACCAAAGAAGUGUGCAAGAUAUGUGUUGUUGUCAAGUAUUUAUGCCGGGGCUGAGAGAUGGGAUCACGCUGCUGCCUUGCGAAGAGAAAUGGUUGAUGCCAGGAUUGAGAAAGUUCCUGCUUAUAGUGUGAUUCACUGAGGAUGCGGGUUUGCCCUUAUAUCUGCAAAGUAUUUGGGUUUGGAGAUUUUUAAACAUGAAGGCCAAAAGUUGAAAACAUAGUUGAGGGCUCAAAAUGGGAUGAACCCUCUUAAAGUUUUAUAUUAACGUCUCCAAACUCUAUCAGUAGGCUGAAUAUGGUUUUUAAGGCAAAUCCUGUCAAAUAACAGGGGCCAUCAUGAGAAAGUCAGGUGGUGAGGUUGAUGCACUUUCACUUCGAGUGGUAGUUGCAACUUAGAAGAGUUUGGGCAAGGUCGGAAUUAGGAAACUUGGGUAGACUAAUCGGAAAAGACCUAAGGCGGUUGCCCCUGCUGCCCUCCCCCUAGGACCGGCCAUGUUUCAGGCUUUCAGCAGAUGAGCAAAGAGAUGGAAAGGCUGGGUGAUUUGUCAACCCCAUAAGUAUCUAUUUUCUUACUCCAUUUAUGCUUGGUGUUAUUCUUGUGAGAGCCUUGGCUAAUGAUGUAAUAUUGCAGCUUUAUCUGCAGUACCAAAAGAGUUUCUAGUUUUUGAGUGAGUACAUUUGUGGCUUAAUACGACUAGUUUUUGUGCUCACAUCUGCCACAAGAAUUCUUUCGGAUUCAGAAUGGUAAUAUUUGAUGAUA